AUGGAUAAAAAACUACCUAUUUUAUCUGGUGAUUUGAUCUAUCAAAUAAAAAAAUACAAACGAAGAAUUAAUCAUCUCAAAUUUCAGUAUAGACAAAUUAAUCGAAGAUGCAAUGAAUAUAAAAGAAAAUAUCAAGCAAUCUUGGCAAAAUAUAAUGUCAGAAAUGUCAACAAAAGAGAAGUUAGAAAGGAUUUUAAGAUUAAACAGUUGUUGCAAAUAAAUUUAAAAUUGGAAAAAAAGCUUGAUUUGGCUAUAAAGCGUUCCCAAUCAGAUCAACAAACGGAUGUUCAUUGUCCUUACAUGAAUUGCAAAAGUUCUUACACUAAUCGAAAUUCAUUUGCAUCUCAUAUAAGCAGAAAGCAUAAGCAAUGGGAUCCAAGUUUUAUCAUGCCAGUGCAUAUUGUACAUAGCUUAAAUUCUUCUUAUUUAAAUAACGAUAAAGAUUUUAGCACACUUGAACAAGAAAGCUUUACAUGUGGAUCUUUAGAACACUAUGAAAAUGAAGAGUUUCUUGAUGCUUCUUGUAUUCAAUCUAUUUUUGAUGAACUUAUGGUAGCAAAUCAUUCAAGUUCUUUAUUAUCUGUUCAAAGUCUGUCAUCUGCAAUGUCCAAUCAAAGCAGUGAUAUCUGUGAAAAUGUUUUAGCAGAAUUUUCUAAGUCAGAACAUACAAAGAUAAACAGUUUGUACACUUUAAGUACUAAUAAAAAAAGGAAAGCUUAUUUUCAUAAACACAUGAGUUAUAUAUCUCCAAGAGAAUUGACUUUAGGUUUUGAUGCCAAUAAAAAAUCUAGAACUGUUCAUUAUGUUCCAAUAAAGGAUUUAUUAAAAAUGAUGUACAAUAAACAUAGUAAUGAACCUGGUUUUUGGCUAAAACCGGAGGAAAAUUUUGGUAUAUAUACAGACUUAAUGAGUGGAUCCCUAAUUAAAGAUAUUGCAAAGUCUGAUGAUGAAAUUUUAUAUCUAAUGCUAUAUCAAGAUUCUUUUGAAAUUGUCAACCCAAUUGGAUCAGGAAGGAAAAAACAUAAAAUUCUUGCGGUUUACUUAACAUUAGCAAAUAUUCCAUCCCACAAGAGAUAUGCAUCGGAGCAGUUACAGCUGGUUCUAAUGUGUAAAGAUACAGAUUUAAAGUACUUUGGCCUCAGCAAAGUGUUUGCACCAAUUUUUUCUGAAUUGGCAGAAAUAUCUGGUUGUUCUGUUUCUGUUUCUAAAAGUUUAUCAAUAAAAACAAAACUUCUAUGCAUACUAGGAGAUAAUUUAGGAUCACAUUCUAUAGGAGGUUUUUGUGAAAAUUUUAGCACAGUUUUGCACUUUUGUCGAUACUGUUUAGCAACACGUGCAGAGUUUGAUUUUAACCCUCAAUUCUCCGGAUCUGAUCGGACAAAAUCAAGCCACAAUAAUAGCCUGCUUCAAUUAGCUCAGAAUGGUAACAAUUUUGAAGGAAUAAAAUUUCAGUCACCAUUCAAUGAUUUAUGCGGAUUUCAUGUGACUACAGGUUUGCCACCAUGCUUAGCUCAUGAUAUUUUUGAAGGCGUUGCUUCACGAGAUAUGUAUCUAUUUGUUAAAUAUUUUGUUAGUAAACGAUGGUUUUCAUUUAACAAUAUCAAUAGAAAAAUUAACAUGCAGAAGUAUUUUGAAGGAGAUGCCUUGGAUAAACCUUGUGAGGUGAAUAAAAUUUCUUGUACUGAAAAGUUAAGUGGUCAUGCAGUUCAAAACUGGGUGUUUUUGCGUUUGUUUCCCCUUUUUAUAGGAAUUUACAUUACAGAUUUUGAAGAUCCUGUGUGGUUAUUGUAUUUAAAACUGAAAGAAAUUGUGGAGAUUAUAUGUUCACCCAAAAUUGACAUUCAACAUAUUGCUUAUCUGCAGGUUUCAAUAAAUGGCUAUUUGUCUUCUCGUAAAGAAUUAUUUCCUUCCAAGAAACUAUUACCAAAACAUCAUUAUUUGUCCCACUAUCCACAGCUAAUUUUGCGUUACGGGCCUCUAAUGCGGGUUUUCACUUUGAGGUUUGAACAAAAGCAUUCUUACUUUAAAAAGUGUGCCAGAAAUUUUAACAAUUACAAGCAUGUAUGUAAAACCUUAACUGAGACACAUCAAUUGUUGCAAUCAUACAAUAAUUCAAGCAUACCGAGUUCAAAAAAUUAUGCGGUCAAUUCAUUUUCAUUCAAUAUCACAAAUUUUAGUUCUACAAUUUUUGAGGCAAUUAUAUCUACAUGCGGACAACUGCCGGAUAAAUUUUCUACCCAUAUUGUCUAUCAAGGUACCCAUUACAAAAAAGAUUUGUUCCUAUUUUUGCAAGAAUUUUGUUUAUUUUUUUUGAUACACAUGGAAUUGAAUAUGUUCUUGUUAAUGAGCAGAACACACAAUUGGUGCAUGAGCUUGAUAAUGGAGGUUAUUAAACGUAAUAUUUUAAGAACAUUGCCAAAUAUUGACAUAUGUGUUUUGAACCAGGUUGUGAAUAAUUUAUGGGAAAUAGGUGUUGAAAAUGAAACAGAUCUCUACUUGGUGAAAAUUGAUGAUUUGGUUUUGCUAAAACCCAUCCAACAACGCAAAAUCCUUGAAUCUUGGGCAAAGGAAAGCUCUGGUAAUAAAGAUAUAUGA